UAUCUCUGAUUCUACCUUUAAACAGUAAACAUAAAACCUCACAAGAUAUCGACUGUAAAAGUUUAAUGAGCAAUUACACAUGUAACAGGAACAAUAGGAAGUUCUGGAAAUUGGAAAUUACCGCAAAUAUUGUUGGCAGAGAUUUACAAUGCUGGCAACGGUUCAUGUUUAGGAAAACACAUAAGAUAUCUGGAAUUCUAAAUUAAAUAAAGAUAUGAAGUAUUUACAUAGCUGUCCGUUUACAGAACCUUGUUCAUUUCAUUUGAGAACUGACAGGUGUUUUCAAAGAUAAACAAUAUCUUCAGCAUCUCGAUUGUUUACACAUGUUCUUCACGUAAAUUAUUAAAACAAAAUGGAAUCCAGCGUUGAUGUCGUGGACAGGUGCAAUGUUUUCGUGUUUGGUGGAACGUUUUCUGACAGACAAGAUUUAACCCGAGUGACCUUAAGCGAGUACAAUAAAGAUCAUAUAAGUACAUCGUCUAACUCCAGGGACAUAAAUAAUACAGCCGUGUUUGUUGAUGAGGAGGUCGAAAUUUAUACAUUACCACUUAGCCAAAAAGCAAGUUGUGAAAUUUGGAAUUUUUCGGACAAAGAGCUCAGCCAAGGAAUAUCUCAAUUAUUUAUAAACCAGUAUGCCAUUGUUAUCAUCAUAGUUCGUAAUGAAGACAUUACAGCAACGGAAAAGAUUGCCAAACUAUGGAGAAAUUUUGCUUUCAAGGGCAUUCAACAUGUAAUUAUCACGAAUGUAUCGCAAAAUUCCACGUCGGAUGUCAUUCAGCAAACAGUGCAAACCUUUGAAGUUCUUGAUGAAAGUCUUAACACAUACAAGCAAAGUCAAUCCCAAGUUAACAGCCUUUCCAGAUCUUACCACAAACUACAUACGACCAAAGAAAAGGGUUUUCUGACAAUAUUAUCCACACUUUUAAGAGACAACAUGAUUACAGAAAAAGACGAUUUGACAAGACUAAAGAAUACUGUAUUCAAACAAAGAAAGGAUGUUGUGUUUAGUUCUACACUUGAAUAUAACAAUAUUGGGACACCAGCUGACAUUGGAAAUAUAUUGAACCGUUUAACUGCGCAGGGAUUAAUACUCAAACAUGGAUUCUACAAUGACGACGGAGGUGAAUUUAUUUGCGUGAAUCCACAGCUGUUUCUAAAACUUGUCUAUGCUAUUCAUAUUGACAGCUGUAACAAGACAUUUCAUAUAGCACCAAACAGAUUCUGGCAUCAAGACAGACCAGACAGAGAGUCUCUAGUUAAAGUUUUAGAAGAUAUUCCAAUCAAUGGUUUACUUAGACAAUGUCUUCUACCACUAUUAUGGCAGGACUUAUUGUCUAAUAAAGAACAAAUUCUACUGGUAUCUACUGAGAUGGAGAGAUUUGGCCUUCUGAUGCCCUAUAAAAAGAUGUCAAUGUUUAGUGAUGUAAUCAGUUUAAAGGAUUAUCCUCAAUUGUCAGACCAAAUGUCUCUUUUGUUGAUGGGAAAAAUGAGCGACUUAAAACCGUCUUUAAACUGGUAUGAUGACCUUCAGACGUCUGAUAUACAACUGAAGUUGAAAGUAUUAUUUCCCCAAGGUUUACCACCGGGAUGUUUAGAAAGAUAUAUUGGUGCUGUAUAUUUUGUUUAUAAAUAUGUAAAUAAUUACUAUUAUGGAUGGAAGUCUGGUAUAUUACUACGAAUUAAUGAUGUUUAUAUCUUUAUAACAACACAGAAUGAUUCUUUAGAGUAUUUUGUCCGUACAGACAUAGAUUUAUAUUCUAGUUUUGAAGACGCAUGUAAAACACUAUGGAUGACUGUUAGUUUAGCACUGGAUUGUUUUUUAAAUCACGUUUCAAUCUGGCCAGAAGUUAAUUAUCAGGUAUACCUGUCUGCUGAUGGAGAACAAUUUCGAUCAUGCAGUGUUAUUGGUGCCAGUUCUUUGACUUCCUUGUUGACAAAUAGAUACGAAAAGAAAGAUGACAUGGAAGACGAAUUAGAAACUAAAGAAAAAAUACUAUUUCCAUUUCAAGAUUUUGAAGUUACAGAUGAAAAAGAUGUAAUUCAACAAUGGACACAUUAUUUAAAAAGUGAAACCGGGAGAUGUUUGGAAAUAGAUAGAAAAGAAACACAGCCGGCUUUAGGAUUAGAAAUGAUAAAACCAAAAACAACUGUAAAGAAAAAUAAGCGUAAAGAUAUUACUUGGAAUGUAAAGACCACUGAUGAACCUACCAGCUCGACUACAGAAAGUAUAUAUACACAACCGAAUAUUAAAACAGUCAAAUGUAGUGCAAAUGAUGCUAAGCUACAAUUGAGAAUAGAUAAACCUACAGUUAAACAAAAAUUGACAAACACAGAGGAUUUAGCAAAACCUUCAACUGUACCAAUAUAUGACAAUAACAUAGAACGGUGUAAGGCAGAUGUUGAAAUGGAUAUUCAAAAGGUAGUUGGGUCAUUUGUUGCGACCAUCUUAGCUUCAGCUGUAGCUGCUUACAUAGGGGAGGAAAGUGGUAGACGGGGAAAAUGGACAACGUAUCAGGCAUCAGUUGCAUCAGAAAUGGCAGAAGCUAUCAUGUUUGUAAAUUCAAAUGACGUCAUGGCCGCAGCAAACACAAUUAUAAAUACUGUGGAAAAAGCUGAAAAUAUAGACCAUUCAAAUACACGUCAGUGUUGUCUAGAUGGAUCUUUAUGUUACUGUGGGCAUAACAAAGAACAAAGGGAACAGAGGAGUAAAUUAAGCUCAAUUUGUACACUAUUGUAAAUUUGAUUACGUCAUAGUGACGUCUUUAAAGACCAUAAUAUGAUUUUUUUUUGUCAAUUUGGGAAUAUUCAUGCAAUUUCAAUAUUGUCUUGAUGUGUAUAAUAUGUUAGAUAAAUUAAAAAAGUGCAUUGGUUAUUUGAA